ACCUCACGGUCCUCACACCGAGUUGUGUUCUGCAGACAACAGAGAACGAGAGAGUAACGCAACCGCUCUUAGUUUAGCUACAGUGUAAUUGGGGUUACUACGUGUUUACCCACUAGAAUACCGAAUUUCAGUCUCCAGUGCUGCGUGUUAGGACACCAACCGAAAGCUUUAUAGUGUUAAAAAGUUCGUCUGGUGCAAACGACUAAAGUGAAAACAUGGGGUGUGCUACAGGCAUGGUGAAGUACCUGGUUUUCCUGGCCAAUUUGAUAUUUGCGUUGGCUGGAUUGGCGCUCGUUAUAGUUGGAAUAGUUUUCAAAUUGAACGUAAAGGAAGUCACUGGAGUGUUACCAUCGGAUUUAGGCAUUGCCCCAAUUCUGUCCAUCAUAAUUGGUAUCAUUGUCUUUAUCACCGCCUUUCUGGGAUGCUGCGGAGCCGUAAAAGAGAGCACAUGCAUGCUGACCUCGUACGCCGUCAUUCUCCUCACCAUAUUCAUCGUCCAAGUGGCCAUCGCUGUGUAUCUUUUCAUCCAAGUCAAAGACACCCGCGAAUUCCGCAAUACAAUCACUAACAAUGUUCAGAAGACGUUCGACAGCAGAUUCAAGAACCCUGAAGCUAACGAGACCAUGCAUGUCCUUGAAAACUUCUUGACCUGUUGCGGUGUCUAUGGACCUGAUGACUACAAUAAUUUCCCGCUUCCUCUCAGUUGUUGCAAGCGUCACAUCAACAAUGAGUGCCUCAAAACCGAAGUAAACCACGAUGGGUGCGCCCAUAAACUAACCAACGAAUUGCAGGAUAAAGCCCAGCUGGUUGGUGGUGUAGCCAUUGGUAUUGCUGCUGUUGAAGUUAUCGGUGCCGUCUUCGCCUUGUGUCUAGCAAGUUCGAUAAGGAACACCUAUAGAAGACAUACGUAUGCUUGAAUCAAAUCUACCU